AUGGCCGGAACCCUUUCGAAAUGGACACUUUUCCUCGUCAAUGCAUUGAUCCCUGUAUCAGUGCUGUUAUUCUGUUCCGGAUAUUUCCCAUAUAAACCGAUUCUACCGGGAGCAGCUGAACAGUCGGAUUGGGAAAAAGCCCCGCCAAUCUUCGACAAGGUCAUACUCAUGGUGGUUGAUGCUUUGCGCAGUGAUUUUGUAUAUUCGAAUAAUUCGGGCUUUGUAUUCACGCAAAAUUUAAUCCGUACCGGCGCUGCAUUGCCUUUUACGGCGCAUGCAAGCUCUCCAACGGUUACAAUGCCCCGAAUAAAGGCAAUAACAACCGGAUCUGUCCCAUCUUUCUCAGAUGUUGUGCUUAACAUUGCCGAGUCUGAGAGUAUGUCGACGCUCGUCCACCAAGAUACUAUUAUCACGCAACUCAAGAAUGGUCUUCCUGGGAAAAUGCUCAUGUAUGGAGAUGAUACAUGGUUGAACUUAUUCCCGAAUACAUUUGACCGAUUUGAGGGGACAAGCAGUUUUUUUGUUUCGGACUUUACCGAAGUGGACAAUAACGUUACAAGGCAUGUCUCGCCAGAGCUCGCAAGAGAUGACUGGUCAGUCAUGGUGCUUCAUUAUCUUGGACUGGAUCACAUCGGCCACAAAGCUGGACCUAAGAGCUCCCAUAUGAUCCCCAAGCAGAGAGAAAUGGAUGGUAUAGUUGAAAAUAUAUAUAAUGCAAUGCUCUCCGAGAGUCAUCUGGAAUCGACCCUUCUGGUCCUGUGUGGAGAUCAUGGAAUGAAUGAAGCAGGAAACCAUGGAGGUUCAUCUGCAGGAGAAACUUCGCCAGCAUUGACCUUUAUAUCACCAAAAUUGAAAACGCAUGCAGAGAAAGUGCAGCUCAAAGUCCUAGAUAGCCCAAUUGAGGCCAAAGAGUUCGAGUACUACCGUACAGUGGAACAAUCAGAUAUUACGCCAACAUUGGCAGGACUGCUUGGAGUUCCCAUACCAUUGAAUUCUCUUGGAGUCUUUAUUCCAGAGUUCCUCGGAUUAUGGGAAAAUGAAAUGGACAGAUUGACCGUUCUGUUAGAAAACACCGCGCAAAUCCAAAAAGUGAUCAAGAUGGCGUACCCAAAAUUCUUUUCCAACGACAAGAUAUUCAAAGAUGUAUCCAACGGAAACGGGGCUCACUUAUCAUCCUCUGCUCUCGAGAGAUUGGAAAACGAACUCAUAGCGGCUGGCAUGUCCGAGUCGGCCGAUGAGAGCUCUCAGAAAGCGUACUACAGGUUUCUGCAUUCGGCACAGAGUCUGAUGAGCGGCGCUGCUAGCAGCUAUAAACUUUCUAUGCUAUAUUCUGGCACGUUAAUGGCAGCUUUCGCAUGUCUUGUCUCUGGUGUUAUUGCAUAUUGCACUUUAUCCACGUCACAGACCUCUUCUACGGUGUUCUUGUUUGUCACUUCCAUGCUACAUGGCUCUAUGAUGUUUGCUAGCAGCUUUGUGGAAGAGGAGCAGCAAUUUUGGUAUUGGAUAAGUACGGCUUGGGCUGUUUAUAUCCAUUUGAAAUCGACCUCGAAAUUCGGAGCCCGUAUACUAUCAAUCAGAAGCAUCGCCUAUUCACUAUCCUUUAUAGCAGCUGGUCGCUUUGUUCGCCGAUGGAAUCAGACCGGGCAGAAGUUCGCAGGUGAACCUGAUACUGUCCAAUAUCUAACAUCUUCUCAGCCCAUGUUACUCUGGGCAUUGGUUCUGCUUACAUACAUAGUGAACUGUCAGGAGUUGAUUCGAUCAGCGCCUUUCAGAGACAUAUUUGGCAAAUUGUUGUGGACGAUAUUAUCCGUCGCGGUGUCCCUCGCAGCCAUCAUCUUCAAAGUAUCAUUCACGGCGGCUGAUGCGCCAGAACUGUUGUACCCUCUCAUGCUUAGAAUUACAAAGUGGGGAUUUCAAUUCUCCCUUGUCUUCCAAGCCCGAAUCGUGUUCAUUGGUAUUACUUUGCUGGUUGGGAUUUUCGUCUUUUCCAGUUUCAGAUCAGUAGGUAUCCAAAAUGUGCAACGAAAACGUCUUCUCCAUGAGGCACUUGCUUUAUUUCUCAUCACACAGUCGCGGGCAACGAAUAUACCUCUCUUUCUGCUAUUCAAAGUCCAAGCCUCGAUCGUCGAACUAGUCGACUUGAACAGUAUAGAAACGACACUGAACCUGAUCCUCAUGCAGCACGUCGCAUUCUUCGCCUUCGGAGGAUCAAACGCAUUAUCCUCCGUCAACCUUUCAACCGCUUACAACGGUGUCAGCGAUUACAACGUCGUUGUUGUCGGACUACUAACAUUCAUAAGCAACUGGGCAGGACCAAUAUGGUGGAUGUCAGAAACCGCCAUAAACCAACGUCGCAUGUCUCCGGUCGAGGCAACGAAUAGAGUAGCUUUGCUAUCGUUCAGCACGACGAUUGAACUGUUGGCUGUCAUGGCGGCUUGCACCGUGCUCAGGACACAUUUGUUUGUUUGGACGGUCUUUUCGCCCAAAUUCUUGUAUAGUAUAGCUUGGGCUUUGGCGAAUCAUCUCGGGAUGAAUUUGUUUGCGACGUGUAGUUUGUCUUUAUGAUUCGAUUCGUGUGUCGUCUCUUGUUGUAUCUUUAGUCUCCAGUCCUAACGCUUUGCUUCAUUUUAAUGCACCAAAGAUAUCAUCGAUGGCAUUAGCAGACUUCUUUUUCUUGGAUUUAGACUUCCUGACUUUAGUCGUCGUGCUCUUGGCGGACGGUGGUAGUUCCAUAUCCUCAUUCUCAGAUUGUUGUGUAGAUCUCUUCUCGUUGAUCAUUGGUAUGGAUGGCACUUCUUUCCCUUGUAAAGGCUCAACAUCCCGACGAAUUGGGAUGCCGAGGUCGCUUU